CCGUCCGAUUGUGCCUUACAGCUGGGAAAUACUCCUGAAGAUGGCAACAGCAUCCGGAAUCGUCAUUCCUCAGUCUGCAGAAGACAUCGCCCCCUCCUGGGUGCAGCAGGUACUGCAGAAGGACCUCCCGGGCGUCACCAUCACGGACGUCCAUGUCGAGGGAUCCAUCAGCCAAGGCGAGGGGAUCACGAGCGACAUCAUCGCUUUUGAUGCCGUGGGGAUCAGGAAUGGUGUUAGUCAGCGAUACAGUCUCGUCGCUAAAGUGACAGAUUUCAAGCGGCCGUUGACAGUAAUGAAAGAGUGGUCAAAGGACGUUCAGAUUCAGAUCGAUAUUGCUGAAGUCAAGUUUUACUCGGACGUGGUCCCCGAGCUCCUCUCUCUUGCAACCCCAAGCACGGAGCGCAAAACAGGGAACGAAGAAACUCACGCUUCGACUGAUUCCUUAGUGAUACCAAAAUGCUACUUUGCCGCCACCGAUCCGAGGUCUAUGGUGUCCGUCAGGGUUAUGGAGAAUCUGAAAACUCAGGGCUUCUCCAUCAAACCCAACCGCCAGUCGCAGAGCCGUGAUGAGAUGAUGCUUGCAGCCGGGGCCCUGGCGCAGCUACACGGCCUGUCUUAUCGGCUGGAGCUCCGCUCGGGCGUCCCUCUUCCCGAGAGGAAGAGGGACUGGAUCAGGUCUCUCUCUGAUGUCAUAGCUGGGACAAUGGAAAUUUUAGGGCCCAUGUAUCGGGAAGCCGUGAAGAAAUUCGCCGCAGCCUUUCCUGGCCAGACCUCUCCAGACCUUAUAGCUCGUCUGGAGAAGUUAAACAUUCAGCAUCCAAUGAUGGAGGAAAACCCGAGGCUUAUGGUUCUGAGCCAUGGAGAUCCUUACGGCAAUAACAUCAUGUUUAAGUACGCUGAGGAUGUGCUCACUGACGUGAGGCUGGUGGACUGGCAAGCUGUUUCGUACCUGCCACCGACCUAUGACCUGGCGUUCUUGUUUCUUUGUAACGCGAGUUGGGACGUCUUCCACCACCACAGGGACGCCAUCCUGGCUCACUAUCACCACAAACUGAUGGAGACCCUGGGUACAGACGAAUCCUCGGGCCUACAAAGCUACACACUGGAACAGCUGAAGGCAGACUUCAAGGAAGACUGUCCGUUUGGGGUGUUCCACUGUCUUGUACGGUUUGGGGGCCUUCAUGCAGAUCGAGGUUUGGUGCGAAUAAUCCAGGAGAUCAAGGAGUGGGGAGUUAUCUAAAUGUACACAUGACCGCAUAUUAAUAUUAGCCGAUAAAUAGACUCAAGAAAAUGGAAUAAAUAUACAAAUACACAAAAAGUACAUGGAAUACAAUAAGCCAACAUAAAAACCAAGACGGCACAUUCAGUCUUGAUAAACAAAAAAAAAUCAUGGCUUUUCUAUGGUUUAAACAAAACUAUAGAUACUACAUAGUACUGAACAAGAACAAAAUAAGUUAUAAUUGUUGCUACAUGUAUAACAACAACAAGACAAAAAGAAAUGAUUAAUUCAAACAUAAUGCAAUUUUAUUGUAGGAGUGAUUUAGACUCCUGUCACAAUAUAUGUGAAUGUGUUUGCGUAAGAAUUAACAGAGCAGACCGCAUAAUGCAAAGGUAAACAUUAUGCAUUUGCUUUGCAAAUUUAAGUUUUCUAGUUGUUGUAUCUUUUACUUUGAUGCGGUGAAGAAUUUAAUUCCUUUUACAUGUGAUGGUGCCUGUGUAUAUGUGAUGUUCCCACCGAAUCAAAAUUGUACAAUGAUUGAAAACUUAAUUUUCAAAGUUGUUUCAGUGACAAAUGGAUGUUGUAAUAGUUGGGAUAAACCUUGCACAAUAUAGGCAUCACUUCUCGUUUAACAAGGUUUAUGAUUUCAAAAUUUGAAAAUGUAGGAAGUUUUUUUGGCUCGCCUUGUUUUCUCUUUCGCCAUCUCGCAUUGGAUUCGUCUAGAGAUUACGUCAACUAUAAAACUUUACUUGCUGUGGUCUUAGAAAGUUUAUUGCAAGUUUCUGUUCGAAGACUAAUUGCAAAGAACAUACUCAGUGAAACAGAGUACCGAAUAAUUGUGAAAGUGGUUAAUCUAAAUUUGGUUUGUACAUAUAAGAUAAAAGGCAAUUGUCUGGAACUUUGUAAACCAUUGAAAAUGUUAUGUCUCAUUUUGUCCAACAAAUUGCAGAGAAGGGAGGACCGAGAAGUGGGAUGUAGUGAGCCUUCUUAAAAUAACAGAAGCACAAGAAUUUUGUGCCUGAGCAUUUUUUGAAGGUGUAAAAUGUGCAUGUUAUGCUUCUAAGCGAGACACGAACUGUCCUUUCUCCCCAUAGCUCUGAUGCGUUUCAAAAAGAGCUAAUCUAUUUUAAUUAAUAAAGUGACAGA